GCGUGUCUUAUCUGAACGGACAGUGGAGAUUGUUCAGGCUGGUUAUGGAAAACUCUGGAAGUUUCUGCGCGGGUUAUAAAGAAAAUCUCCGCGACGUAGCGCUCUGAGUUGAUGUAGAAGUCGGACGGAGGAGCUGCUACCGAAGUUAAUCAACAGCCGUUUUCCAACAGUUUCAGCAUUUACUAAAGUGGCCGCCGGUCGACAUGGGGAAAGACUACUACGACAUUUUGGGAAUUAAGAGGGGAGCGUCGGAGGACGAUAUAAAGAAAGCUUAUCGGAAGCAGGCUCUGCGCUAUCACCCCGACAAAAACAAGUCACCGGGCGCCGAGGAAAAAUUUAAAGAGAUCGCUGAAGCUUACGACGUUUUGAGCGACCCAAAGAAAAAGGAUAUAUACGAUCGUUACGGCGAAGAAGGUCUGAAAGGUGGAGGCCCCUCAGGUGGUGGUGGUGGACCUGGCACCUUCAGCUAUACCUUCCAGGGCGACCCUCAUGCCAUCUUUGAAGAGUUCUUUGGUGGACGUAACCCCUUUGGACAGUUCUUUGGUGCCCGCAAUGGGGGUGGCAUGGAUGAGGACAUGGACACUGAUGACCCUUUUGCUCGCUUUGGGAUGGGGGGCGGCGGAAUGGGCGGGUUCCCUCGCUCAUUCAGCACUGGUAUGGGUGGACUGGGCAGUCACAGUAGCGUUGUAAAGAAGCAGCAGGACCCUCCUGUGGUACACGAUCUUCAGGUGACCCUGGAGGAAGUUCUGUCGGGUUGCACAAAGAGAAUGAAGAUCUCUCGUAAACGACUGAACCCUGAUGGACGAUCGAUACGGACAGAAGAUAAAAUCCUGGAGGUGCAGAUAAAGAAGGGAUGGAAAGAGGGCACAAAAAUCACGUUCCCCAAAGAGGGGGACCAGACUCCCACAAACAUUCCAGCUGACGUGGUCUUUGUGUUGAAGGACAAGCCUCAUUCAGUAUUCAAGCGUGACGGCUCAGACAUCAUCUACCCAGCUAGGAUCUCACUCAGAGAUGCCUUGUGUGGCUGCUCAGUCAACGUGCCCACCCUGGAAGGCAAAGCAGUGACUGUGUCAACAACAGAAAUCGUGCAGCCAGGUAUGAAGCGGCGCAUCAGCGGCGAGGGGCUGCCUUACCCCAAACGACCCGAUCGUCGAGGUGACCUACUCGUGGAGUAUGAGGUCAAGUUCCCAGAAAGACUCAGCCAGAGUGCACGGGACACCAUCGCUCAGGUCCUCCCACGAUCUUAAACAAGACCAACAGACCUCUAGGACUUUACAGUUAUUGCACUAAGCUGCCAAGUAUUGGUUGGCAUUGAUGUAAAAAAACACUUUGCCAAAAUGCUCACCAUGAAUGACUGCAGCAUUUCACAGGCUAAAAUGUAAAUAUGACCAAUGCUG